AUGAAUGCAAAAUCAUCGUGUUUUAUGGAGUCUCCAUCAUCUUCUAAAAACCCUAUAAACAAUAAACGAGAUGAUCAUAACAAUGUCAAGAAAAUGAAGGGUGCAAUGGUAUCUUCAAACUCUGCAAAUAAUACUACUCUUGAUCUAAAACUUUCGAGUUUUAGCCAAGAAAUAAGACCAAUCGAAAGUAAUAGCACGAGGGUUUUCACAUGCAACUAUUGUAAAGGAGAAUUCUCAACGUCUCAAGCUCUAGGUGGUCAUCAAAAUGCUCAUAAACAAGAACGAGCACGAGAUAAGAUGAGACAAGCAACAAAAUUUCCACCAUAUAAUGCUAACAAUAACUUGUACUACCCUUACAACUUUGGUACAUAUAGCAACAUAGCAUCAUAUGGUGGAUAUUGCAAAAGGUCACCUCUUGGAGUAAUCAAAACAAAUUCCAUGAUUCAAAAGCCUGCUUAUAGAUGGCCAAUUAUGAAUAAUCAUGGUUAUAGAUAUGGGUAUGGUGCCAUAAACCAAGCUAAACCAUCAUUUAUAGUAAAUUCUCAAUCAUCUAAUGAUGAUAUUGUGAAUUAUUCUUCAAUUAACAACUUGAAUAACCUUUCUAAAUCUUUGCCUACUCUUGGAGAAGGAGAUUUCAAGGGUAAUUAUCGGAUUGUUGAGAGUGGUACUGGUAAUAUUGAGAAAGAAGAUGAUGAUCAUAUUUCUGGUGGCAAAUUAGAUCAAAUGAAGCCUGAAAAUUCAUGCCUUGACUUAUCCCUUAGGCUUUAA